AUGCCCGACACAGACCAGCAAAAACGGAAUGGAGGAAGAGGAGGAGGCCGAGGUCGAGACCGCAAACCGCCCAGCCGCGAAGUCACGGUUUCCAAGGCAUUGAGUUUACUCCUCCGCCACGCCGCAGAGCGCGAGGGGCUCAAGAUCGAUUCACAGGGGUACGCGAAUGUUGCAGAUGUGCUCGCAUGGCAAAAAUUGAAAUCGCUCAAGGUGACCUUCUCCGAGAUCAUCAGCGCCGUCGACACGUCGGAUAAGAAGCGCUUUGCGUUGCUAUACCUCCCACCAUCCUCGGAUGCAACUAGCGAAACCCCCUCAGCCUCAACGAACCCCGAAGACAAAGCAAAAGCGGAGGCUGAAUCCGGGCAAGAUGAGAAUGCCACAGCAAAAGCCCUAACAUCCUUCAAUACCGACCAAAAACCUUCGCAUUACCUCAUCCGCGCGACACAAGGCCACAGCAUUAAAUCCGUCGAAGCGGAGUCCGGGUUAUUGGAGAGACUCACGCUGGAGAACCCUGAUAAACUUCCCGACACCGUGGUGCAUGGGACUUAUCACUCGACGUGGCCGUUGAUCCUGGCGUCUGGAGGCUUGAGAACCAUGGGCAGGAACCACGCGCAUUUUGCCACAGGCCCCGCGGUGCAGGAUGUUUUGAGUGUGAUUGAUUCUUCUGCUUCCAAGGACGAAAAGGAGACUGGCUCUGGAGCUGGAUCGCACGGGAAGGUUAUAUCAGGCAUGCGUAAGGACGCGGCAGUGCUGAUCUAUCUCGAUAUCCGGAAGGCAUUGGCGGGCGGAUGCCCGUUCUGGAGAAGUGAGAAUGGUGUCAUUCUCUCUGAGGGUAUGGAGGUGGAUACGCCGGCGGGUUCUGGUGAAGGUGAAGGUGCAGCAAAGGGGCAGGUAAUCCCCGUGGAGUACUUUGAUGUUGUGAUUGAGCGGAGGAAGGGGAUGGGCAAGAUUUGGGAGCGUGGGGAGGUGAUUCAGCCUUUGCCGGAGGAAUUGACGAGGAGGGGAAAUCCCAAGAGGAGGGGAGGGGGUACAUAG